CGUGACGGAUCAUCAGCGGCGCGACGAGUCUCCACGUGAGAAGUCAGAGUGAACAUGGCGUCGGAUCCGGAGCCGGAGGUCCAGUUCGCUCAGAGGUUGGCCUCCAACGAGAAACCCGUCCGGACCAGAGCGAUGAAGAAGCUGAGGAAGUACCUCAACGUCCGGUCGCAGAGAGGUGGAUUCACAGGUGAUGAGCUGCUGAAGCUGUGGAAAGGUCUCUUCUACUGUCUGUGGAUGCAGGACAAACCACUGCUCCAGGAGGAGCUGUCGAAGCAGAUCUCCAGUCUGAUCCACAGCUUCCAGGACGUCGAUGGACAGUUCCUGUACAUGGAGAGCUUCCUGCAGACCUUUAAAAGGGAGUGGACCGGCAUCGACCGGCUGCGGAUGGACAAGUUCUUCCAGCUGGUUCGCUUCAUGUUCAGACAAACAUUUGAGAUGCUGAAGAGGAAAAAGUGGGAGAGCAGUGUGGUCGGCAGGUUUCUGGAGCUGCUGACGGUGCAGGUCCUGCAGAGCGGCAGCGGAGCGCCCAGCGGGCUGCAGUUCCACAUCCUGGACCUUUACAUGACUGAGCUGGCAACCGUGGGCUCAGCAGAGCUCACCGCCGAUCAGAACUUAAUAUUCAUCGAGCCGUUCUGCAAAACCGCCGCCAAAACCAAAGAUCGGGGUCUUUUCAGAACCAUCUGCAGCAGCAUCUUCAGCGCCAUUAUCGACCAGGCUCCCUUCGCCAUCGACGAGUUGAUGAAGGAGGUGAAAGCGGCCUCGGACUCGGACUCGGGACAGGCUUCUGAAGGGGACGACGGAGAGGAGCAACAAACGGCGAGCAAACCGGUCGGCAAGAAGAAGACGGGGAGGCCGAUUAACGGCAAGAAAUCAACUGAAGAAGAAGAAGACGAGGAGGAGGAUGAGGAUUAUGAUGAUGAUGAUGAUGAUGAUGAGCUUCUUCACUUGGAAGACUCGGACUCAGAGGCACCAUGUGACGAAGACAUCGGACCAGUCCUACAGUUCGACUAUUCGGCUCUGGCAAACAAGCUGUUUGAGUUAGCGAGUCGCAGCAGCACGCCGAGCCAGAACAGACAGAGACUCUACAAAAUCAUCAAAGUGCUGCGGGACCUCAGCGAAGGCAUCUUCCCUCAGGAUGAGUAUCCGGAGGAGGUCUCCACAGACGAGGAUGACGACAUGUUCGGCAGCAGGAAGAGGAUGAAGAGGAGAAAACCUCGCAUGGAGGAGGAGGAUGAGGGAGACGCACCAGCAUCCAAGAAAAGUAAAGGGAAGAAAAAGGAGGCUUCCACGCCCAACAAGCAAAACAAGGACUCUGCACAAGAUGACGCAGAACCAGCAGACUUAACCACGAACCCUGAAAACAAAAAGAAAAAGAGAAAGAAGAGGAAGAAGAAGAAGAAAGCAGCUGGCGAGGGGAACGCUGAGAAGUCUGAACAGGAACAGAUUGUGGAUCAAAGUUUGGUCAAAGAGGCCGAAGCAGAGACGCAAAGCUCCGUCUCAUCUGUAAAAGUCACAGAGGACGCCGUUCCGGAGGGUCGGUCGGAGGCUGCUUCAGUUACGGUCUCAGAGGAAACCAGUGAACUGACUUCCUGCGCGGCCGAUGGCGGCGAGGACCAAACCAAAAUCAACACGAAGGAGGAGCCGGCAGAGAAGAAGCAGACGAAGAAAAAGAAGAACAAAGGCCUGAAGGCGAACUCGCAAACAGAGGAAUCGCAGGUCAGUGCGACACCCGAUACUGACGCCACGACCGCCGCCGAGAAGACGAAGAAAGGUCUGAAGAAUCUGGAGGAGGUUGAGGUCAACGGCGUGAGCGCAGAGGAAGACGCCACCGCUGAACCCGAGAAGCCGGUUGAUUGUACGACGCCGGGCAAAAAGAAGAGUAAGAAAAAGAAGGCUGAAAAAGCGGCAACGGUUGAAGUAAAACACGCUGAAAUCACGUCAGUUGGCGAGGAAGACGUCACCGCUGCGCCGCUCGAAAAGAAGACAAAGAAAAAGUGCAAACAGGAGGUCGCAACACUCGAAGCCUCAUCUGCUGCAACGCCACUGAAGAAUAAAAGGAGAAAGAAUCAGAAAGAGUCGGAAGAGGAUGGCGUGGCGGUGGCGGGAACCCCUCAGGUGGAUGCUGAGGAACUGCCCAUCACCAUGACAACACCAGCAAAGAAGAAGAAAAAGAAGCCGUCGGAAGCCCAGGUGGAGGAGAUCAAUGAUCAGACGGUCGGAUGUGAAGAUAAAACAGACUCUUCCUCCGGGAAGACGGCCAAGAAGAAGAAGAAGAGGAAGAUCCCCGUGACGUUCGAGUUCGAGGCUGAUGAGCUGGAGGCGGCGGCGGCGGUCAACGGCGUCGCAGAAGAAAAAGUGACGACUGUAAAGAAGAAAAAAGUGCUCCGCGAUGCCGGAGAGCCGUCAACUCCUCUGAGCUCUAAAAAGUCCCAGAGGAAGGCGAAGACUCCCGCGGGGUCGGCUUUCAUCACCUUUCAGAGCGGCGCCGCCGUCCCGACGCCGCUCUUCUGCAAAACCAAGGGAGGCUGCUGCACCCCGCCGUCCAGAAAGAAGAAGACUCAAACUCCCAAAUCAGAAUCCAAAAAGGUGACCUUUGGCCUGAAGAACAAUAAGACAGCCGAGUUUAGGAAGACCGACCGCAGCCUGCUGGUGAGUCCAGACGGGUCGUCACGAGUUCCCUUCGACCCGCAGCAGAAACCCAAGUUCGGGGUCUUGAAGUCUCCGGGGACGCCGCUCUCCAGCAAGCUCAAAAAGACGGCCAACGGCACCAGGAAGACCGGCCCGGGCGCCCCAAAGAGCACGCCCAAACGACGGCCCACGGCGGCGGACUUCUUCUGACCGCCGGUGAACUCUUUAACGGACUGAUCUCAAACAGUUUUUGGAGAGAUGAUAUAUAUAGAAGUAUUUUUAUGUUUAUCUGAUGUCAGUGUUGCUUUCUGCCUUCCUAGGGUGACGUUUUAAUAAAGUUGCUCAUUCCAGUUUUUCCAAUUUUUA